AUUUACGCAGGUGCGAUCACAUGACAGCAAAAUGUCGGCUGCUAUUCGAAAUAAUAAGAUUUAACGUGAAGCGGUGGGUUUUCCGAGUUGAAGAAGCACCAUGGAUUGUUUUAAUCGAUGGAGGCGAUGGAUCCGGCCUUUGGUUAUGCUUGUCUACAUACUGUUAUUGACAAUAGCAUUACCUUUAUGCAUAUGGGAAUUAAAUAAGAGGAAAAAGGAGGUUCACGUUCAAGCCUGGUUUGUGGGUGGACUCUUUGUUAUGAUGUCGCUGCCAAUUUCUUUGUGGGGAAUUGUACAACACCUGGUAUAUUGUACACAACCACUGUUGCAGAGAAACAUUAUAAGAAUUUUGUGGAUGGUUCCAAUUUAUGCUCUUAAUGCUUGGUUAGCUCUCAGAUUCCCAAGGGCUGCUAUUUACCUUGACACAGUGCGAGAAUGCUACGAGGCAUAUGUCAUCUACAACUUCAUGCGCUACCUCAUGAACUACCUUCAUCAAGAACAUCCACAUCUGGAUAUCGAACUGGAGAAUAAGGCCCAGGUCAAACACAUGAUCCCAUUCUGUCUUCUCCCACCAUGGCCGAUGGGCAAAUUGUUUCUGCAGAGAUGUAAGCAUGGGGUGCUGCAGUACACAAUAGUGAGACCGGCUACAACAGUUAUUGCUUUACUGUGUGAACUCGGUGGAAAGUAUGAUGAAGGGGACUUCAACUUCACCACUGCCUGGUCCUAUCUUGUCAUUGUCAACAACAUCUCACAGAUUUGGGCCAUGUAUUGCCUGAUCCUGUUCUACAAAUCUGCCAAGGAAGAACUAGCUCCAAUCAAGCCCCUACCCAAGUUCCUGUGUGUCAAGGCUGUGGUCUUCUUAUCCUUUUGGCAGUCCGUAGUGAUCGCAGCUCUGGCUAAGCUUGGAGUUAUUCCACAGAAUGGGCCAUGGUUGUUCUACAAUUCAGUAAAGGAGGAAGCAACGGGAUUACAGGAUUUCUGUAUCUGCAUCGAGAUGUUUUUUGCCGCAGUGGCUCACUACUUCUCCUUCUCACACAAACCGUACAUGGACGAGGAGGCCGACCAGAGUAACUGCUGUUCCUCCUUUCUGUCCAUGUGGGACGUACGUGACGUCAGGGACGAUGUCAUCGAACACGCGCGCUACGUUGGAAAAGGUUUAACGAGGAGAUUGGUGAGGAGGAAAGACGAUAAACGUGGGGAGAGGACGCCACUACUAAACGGCCCCAGUAACUGCGCCACAUCAAUUAAUGAUGAAACAAGGGGGACCAAACUUAACACACCUCCUAUAGUCGUCAGUGAUGACUUCAUCGAAUCUGUUGCCACUGACUGGGAUGGGUCGUCAGUGGACCAGACCCACGAUUCCUUCGUGAAUCAAUCAGCGACAGCCAGUAUGAACAACUAUGUUGACUUCAGCACGAGUGUUGAGGCAGCUGCUGGUAGAGAUUACCAGGACCAAAGUCUUGCUGCCGCUGGGUCCAUGUCCAGCUUAAACAAAGUCGGCAAGAGUGUGAAAGGGAAAGUUGAGACAGAGACUGUGACAGUGCAUCCAGUGACUGAGUCGGGAAUAGCUGUACAGAGUGAUCCCCCUUUAGUAGAUUUGUCCGGUGAGGAUGCAGUCAGUGAUGACAUUCCUGCUUCAGAUCAGGAGGCGGGUGCCCCACAAGAGGGACCACAGUUACAACAAACACAAAACACAAAGGAUGAAGAGGUGGAUAUUUCCAUUGAUAAAGACAUUUCACAAACAGGAAGUCCUCCUCCUACUCGACCGGAUACAGGAAGGACAGAAAAUGUGUAGCAAUGUGUAUUUGUGAAGUCGACAUGACACUUUAUAAAAUGCUGAAAACACCUUAUAUUACAAUGUACAUGUAUUGUAACUAAAUGUAAAUAUGGAUAUGAAAGUUGUGAAAAAAACCCUUUUGUUUCAACUCAAGGUACCUAUUUUAUCAUGUCAAAUGCCAUGAAUUCAAUUUGAUAUUCAACAUAUUCCAAGCUAACCGAUACACGGAGUACUAAUGAAAUCAAGUGUGGGCAAGUGGGUACAGACUGUAUCAGUGAUAUGUAAAUUAUGGGUUGACUUUCAGAAUGCAGUGUUUUUUGUAUACCCUGGAAACUGCUAUCUUCAUUGUAAUUAUUAAGGUAAAUCAGUGGAUUAAGAUUGCCUGGGUAAUACUUAAUCUAGUAGUGAUGAAUUAUGAAGAAAUAUGAAGGAUUUGCAGGCAAAUAUCAAUAGCAAGAGUCUAGAUAUUUUCCUUAAAUAGCCAGAAUGUAUGAGAUACUAUCAGUCAAAAUACAAAGACUGAAGGAGGUAGAGUGCCUUGUCCAGAAGUAUCAUGUUGUUUUAUCAUUCCAUCAAUACCAUGUGCUCUAAUGUCAAAAAACAAAAUCAUGCAUGAAUGUGUGGUGUUUCUACACAAAUCAACCAAGAUAUUGUCCAUGUACAAUUAUUUCAGUACGCAUGCAAAUUAGCAUACUGUGGACUAAUCUAUCCCACCUUUGAAAUUGUAUAAUAUUAUGUUUCCAUUGCUUGCCAUGUUUACAAGUGCUUGGUGUUGUCAAUCACUCUGGGGUGUCAUGUCGCUGUGGACUCCCAUACCUAACAUCUGGACUUACAAAGUCAUAGCAUCAAGAUUGGUUUGAGGAACAAGGCCAAGAGAAGUAUGUUGUUUGUUUCCCAUUUCCACAUACAGUCAAGUCCCGUUAAUCCGACAUGGCUGGUUGCAUAUGAUUAUGUCGGGUAAAUGAGUAUGUCAGAUAAACGAAAUUAAGUAGUACCAACAUUCGUCGGUCAUAGUUAGUGAAAGGUUCUUCUGACGUGACCUGUAAUGGGAUGUCCUCGGCAAUAGCGAGAACUUGUAUCUGAUUUUAAUGAGACUGAUGUAAUCUAAGCAUGUGAUUAAUCCUGUUUUCUUUAUUUAAAGCAUUAUUUGUUUAUGUUAAGCAAAGUUUAUCUCUGCAGCUUUGUAAUAUGCAGCUACCAGCCGACUCGUCUCGCAUCAAAACACUGGCUGUGUACUCGCGGGCAGAUAACCACGGAGCACAAUGAUCACUGUGUUGGAUUAACGAGACUGAUUAAUGUGUGAUUUCGGUAAUUCAUUGCAAAUUAGGUGUGUCGGAGUCGGUGUGCGAGAUUAACGGGUCUAAAUAGCAUUGAUUUAAUCGGUUCCAAUCAUUAGUGUUGGAUAAAGCCAAUUGUCGGAUUAACGAGACUUGACUGUACAUGGAAUUACCCCUCAAACUCUUUUCAUGUGACAAGUGAAUCUUAAAUUUCAGAUUUAUGUGUACUUUACUGAUGAAAGACAAGGUAACAAUGUGACAACAUCAUAAAAGGCACAUAUUAGAUUCCUGUCAGUGUGUACACCUUAGUACAGUAAUAUGCAUCAUUACUCGGGAGAAAGUGUUUCAGAAACGAUUGAUUUCCUUUCUGAAAUAUAGCUAUAGGAAGAUCAUUCAUUGCUCAAAGUCUGUGAUAUUACUGUUAAUUAUUGAUCUCAUCCACCAUAUGUCUUGUAUAUAUACUUCAUGACUUGGUGUUCAUACUGUGAGUUGCUUUUACUUGGUUUUGUGAUUAAACAUUUAAAGUUAAUAUUUUUGAAAAUACAUGUAUAUUUUAUUACUUAUGUUGACAUUUAAUUCAGAUAUGAAUCAAAAACCUCCAGGGGUUAAAAGGCUGUACAAAAAAGAAAAGAUUCAAAAAUAUAAUUUGUAAUUCCAGGAUUAUUUAAUUCCAUGUCAUAGGGCUGUAACAAUGCGCAAUAAUACAUAUCCCUGUUGCACCAUCUUCCUGAGGCAAAAGCACCCACUGGCCUUUUUAUCAAAGUCUUGUUUCCACAUCAAACACACUUUCCUGUGCUACAUAUGAUUGGACUAUCGCACAUAUUGAUAGUCCAAUCAGAGAACGUUUCACAAAAUCAAUUCAAUGGUACAUAUUUGUACGAAAGUGAUUUACCACUGCCUAUCUAUUUGAGGUGGCAAGGGUAGAAACUAGGCUAGUGGACAUUCUUGCCUUGGGAAGAUGCUGUAGCACAGGAGUGCAAGAUUGUCACAUGAUAAACAAUGUCUGCUGGUAUGAUUUUGUGUUAACUGCGCAACUGUGUUUCGCAGCUGUUUUGUAUCCAGUGUCCUUUAACAACAUAUUUAAAGUCUAAAUGAAGUGCUGCAUCUGAUAAGCUAUUAUUAACAUCAUGUAUCAAACAAAAAGUGAAUUAGUUCCCAUAUUUUGUUCCCAUAUAAAGUGAAUGGGAGUAUUGCUUCAACAUCCUUUAACAUGAUUAAACAAUGUCACUGCA